AUGAGCAGCUACCUCCAGAGCUUGCAUCUCCCACGAUUCGUGCCUCUCUCCAUCCUUCGUGUGACUUCUCCGGAGGGUCCGCAGCCGUUUAUCGUAGCGCUCCCGAGCCGCAAGAACAAUGUCAUCCCGCUAUACGUCUUUGUGCCGCCUGCGCCGGUGGCGCUAGAAAGUGAAGGCGGCGUGAGCAUACCAGUGGAAAAUGGCGAGUGGAAGGUGCCCGUGGUGCUGGAUUUUCACGGAGGUGGUUUCAUCAUGGGUAGUCCGCUCGAGCAGGCACCAUACGCGGCCAUGAUGGCGAGAGAGCUCGGUGCUGUGGUCAUCAGCGUGUCGUACCGCAUAGGGCCCUUUCACCAGUUUCCAGCGGCAAUCCACGACGCUGAAGAUGUGCUCAGCGCGAUACUCGACACGGACGAAGUGUCCAAGGCCAGCAAGGUGCUGCGGAACGAGAUCCAGAGAUACUUUGGCAUGACGGUUGAUGAAGUCACAAAGAAAAAGAAGCCAAACGCCCUAAAUGGCAUCCAGAAGAUCAAGCUCGAUCCAUCGCGUCUCGCCAUCUCUGGCUUCUCUGCCGGAGGCAACAUUGCGCUCAACAUGGCCAUCUGGGUCCCACCCUGUCCGCAGCUUUUCAGUUCCCCGACCACAACAACAGGCGCAACAGCCCGAACUUCCACUACGAUGCGAGGGCCAUCUCAAGCUGACACGUUCUCACCGCUACUGCCGCCCGUACGUGCGCCCACAAUGCUCGACGACAUCUGCCAGCCGUGGCCAUCAAUACUCCCACCAGAAAAGGCACAGCCGCGGAUGAUACCAUUGCUGCUGUUCUAUCCCUCCCUCGACGCGCGCCUCCUCCCACACGAGCGACCAAUGAAAGAGCUCCCUAGUGCCCUCCACCCCGACGACAAGAAACCCCAGACACAACGGAUGGCAAGUCUUCCCGGUACAAAGUGUCUGUUCACUAAGCGAAAGAAAUACUAUCUUGAUCUUCUUACGACACAAGAAAAGAAACACGAGGCAAUGUACCAACCCCACUUCUUUGAGACAUACACUGACUUUGUACCUUUGCAGCCUGGUCUCUUCUCCAUCAUGGGCCCGACAUACCUUCCCAAAAAGCUCCGCGCCCAUCCGCGCGCAAGUCCCGGCCUCGUAGACCCUCACAAUGUCCAGAAAAAUGCCGCAAUUCUACUAGUGCUCCCUGAGAAAGACACGCUCGCCGUGCAAAGCGACGUUUGGGUGGAUAAGAUGAAGUCCAAUGGUUGGAACGGCCCUGUUCGUUUCGGUGAUGGCCGCGAUAAUGACUGGAAUGGGCAUGAAGGCAAUGCGCCUGCGCUGAGCCGCGGGAACGGCGGGAUCGAGGUCUGGCAUGCGCCUGAGUGCAGACAUGGUUGGACGCAGUUCCCGGUGUCCGUGCUUGGUAAACAUGAGAAGGAAGAGAGGAGGAAGGUGUUCGAGAGGACACUGGAUUUUGUCAAGGAGAACUGGAAGAGGGCGUUGCCAAUGGAGGAAGCGGGGAACACGAGUCAGGAGCUCCGACCACUUGAGAUUCCUCCUGGUCAGGCUGGGGAAGGGGCUCAAGUUGGAGUAGGCGCGGCAGCGCCACAAUAG